GCUGGUGGCUCUAGAGCUUCCUUUCCCUUUGCCUGUGGAACUGCAGCUGUGCUGUCCGGUGUCCAGCCACUUCCCAAGGGCCUGAAUCAACUCUUACCACCAGCCAUGGCCCUGGGGUUGAUGUCAGGGUCAACCUGAACUGUUCCUGCAUUGCCUCAAGAGAGCAGGAACCUCUACACCUGCUCCUGCCAGCACUGACAGCUUCCUGGCACUAAAGGGCAGGCCCCAGCUCCAAGCUGAGCCCAGUGUGGGGGCCUGGGCCCAGCUGGACACUGCCCAUCUCCCAUUGUAAAACAGCAGCUGGGGGAAGUUUUAUAAAUGGUGAGGCAGACGUGGUUUCUGUGUGUCCUAGCAGAUGAACUGGGGGAGAAAAGGCUUGAGAGGGGAGAGACUGAACCAGGUGCUUUUCCCUGAAGCUGCAGUCCACUGGUGGCUUGUGGCAGCAGCAGGCAGUGGCUGAUGUGAGCCACAGCCCUGCCUGGGGUGGGGAAGGGAAGCUGCCCCCCGCCCCCAGCAGCACUGCCAUGGGGUACCUGCCUCCUGCCCAGGGUUGUGCUCUCCUGCAGGAGGACAGAAGAAAAAUGGUGUACGUCUCCUGGGCUACACUGCCUCAGGUAGGUGGAUGCUCUGUAGCUUCCUGCUUCAGGGCUGGGGGUGGAGAGAUGCCUGGGACAGCCUUCCUGGGUGGCACAGAGGGCUGUGCUCAAGCCCUUUCCCACCAACGUGAGGUGUCUGAUGUGAAGAGGAGCUCCAGUGGCAACUGUAGUGGGGCUAGUGCAGAGAAAGCUAAGGGAGCACUCAGGGUGUGUCCUGGGAUGUAAAGUCACAGGGGCAGCUGAGAUGGUGGUGGCUGCUUGCCAGGAACCUGGGUGGCAGAGAGCCCAGGCUGUCUCCCCUGCCCUGAAGGCUGGCACAUAGCCAGGGACAAGUGCUCAUCCAGCAGCACAACGUUGCAGAGGUGCCUGGACUCCUCAGCCUGCAGGAGGUGGCCAAUGCAAGCACAAUGGAGCAGUCUGGAGUGGUGUGAGAGCAGUGAAAACCCCGUGGCAAGAGAACAGAAGGCCCCACACUGGUGACAAGAGCUUGUUCUUCACACACUGGCAGCACCUCGCUGUGAAGGUGAUGAGCAUCAUUGGCCUGGAGGGUAACAGGGUGUGUUGUGACAGCACAUCUGGCUGAGGGGGGGCAGCCCCAGCAUCUUUUGUGGUCCUUGGCACCUGCAGGUUACCAAGAGGACUUAGGUGAACAUCUACCAUGUGUUGUCCAGCGGCUCUAACUCCCUCCUUCUAUCAGCUGCCUCAGGCACAGGCACUCUCUCAAGCUGUGAAAUAAAUGGAGUUUUUUUGCUGUGCACUAAAGCACCAAGCUUACUCUCCUUGCAGGGUGCCAGGCACUAGGAAAUGCCCCCUGGGCACCCAGAGUCCCUGUGCUGGGUUGUGUGGUGCUGAGCACAGAGGCUCCUCAAUUCUGUCCAUGACUGGCUGUCACUGGGAAGAAUCUCAGUCUCUGGGGCAUCAAGUGGAGACAAUAACCCCAGAAAGGCUCAGCACCCCAGGCCAGCUGUCUCUAGGAGAGCAAACCUUUGUGGGGGACAAGUCUCCUCUGGGAAGAAAAGGGGCUCAUCGGGGAGAGGGGUCACUGACACCCCACUCCUCUUAAAGGGUUCUCUUGGGUUCAGGGGGUCCUGUGGCUCUAACCUGCCUCUGCCAGGAACCUACUGCAGGCCUGGGCAUGGCACACUGUUCACUACCUUGGUCCUGGUGUCUCCAGUGUAUUUUCUUGGCUUAUCAGCUCCUUCUCCUAGCACCCAGGUCAGUCAUCAGUGAUGCUGGAGAGCAGCUCCCAGUCAGGCAGACUUGACACAGGAUGUUCUGCAGGGCUGGCAGGAGCUGGGCAGAUGCGUGCCCCACAGGGAGAUCCCUGCUGCCUUUGUCACUGCCCCCUCCUGAGCGGCAGGUUUGCUUUAAAGACCCUGGCUUCCUUUUAUUACUUCCCCUCUCAAAUUUCAACUGGUUGCAAGCGCUAUUUUUAGCAGCCUGCCUUCUAAAAAUAGCCCUGAGCUGUUUGGAGUUGCGUCACAAGAGGUAAUUCUCGCCCGUGAGUGGCUUGGCCUCUGCACCCCAGGAGGGUACAAAAGGAGGCCAGGAGCAGCAGGGUCAGUAGGUUCAGCCACAGCCGGAGGCGAAGGAGCCAGCGGUUCCCUGCCAGCGGUUCCCUGCCAGCUCCAAGCCAUCCCAGCCCCGGCAGCAUGACCAUCUUCUGCAGCCACUGCCACCGGCCACUGCAGGCAGAGAUGAGCUGCCUGCCCGCGAGGGCCAAGCAGGCGCCCAGCGCCCCGAGGCCAUUCAGGUCAACCAAGAGCGCUUCCAAGGCUCGCCGAGACCAGAUCAAUGCGGAGCUGCAGGCGCUGCGCUCCCUGCUGCCCAUCUCUGCGCAGGAAAAGGAGCGGCUCUCCUACCUGCACACCAUGGCCCUGGUGUGCCUCCGGCUGCGGGGGGCUCAGCUGUUCCCUCCAGGCUUGGCUCCUCCUACGGGACCGGCCCUUGGCACAGAACUACUCUCCCUGCUCCCGGGGUUUCUGCUUGUGCUCUCAGCAGACAGCAAACUGGUCUACAUCUCAGAGAAUGUGGUUCAGGUCCUGGGCCUCUCCGUGGUGGAGCUGCUCGCCCAGGGGGACACCGUCUUUGACAUCCUGGAUGGGCGAGUGGGAGAGGAUGUGCACAAGAAGCUCCUCCUUGCCCGGGAGGAGCCUGGCAGGGAAGUCACUUUUGUCAGCGAGAUGCGCACAUCCAAGGCCUUCCGGCUGCAGCACGGGGGCAAUCGGGUCGUGGCAGUGUGCGGGCGCUUUGUGGCUCUGCGCUGGCCACCCUCCCCCUCCACCACAGCCUUCCUGGCUCUCUGCACACCCCUUGUGCAGUCACCCACAGAUGGCGAAGCUGCUUCCCAGGAUGACAUAUUCCAGAGCAUGCAUCUCCUGGACAUGACGUUUAUUGAUGUCACGGAGAGUGUCACCUACCACCUAGGCUACCACCGGGAGGAGCUGAUCGGUCAGUCGUGGUACAGUCUCCUGCACCCUGAGGAUGCUGACCUGGCAGCUGCCCAGCACAGGGCCGUGGCGCUGGGGGCCGGGGCCGGGCCCGGGCCGGCAGCGGGGACCUCCGUGCUGCGAGUGCUGCGCAAGGACCGCGCCUGGAGCUGGCUGCGCGUGUGGGCGCGGCGGGACGGCGGCUGCAUCACCUGCACCUGCCGCUGCCUCAGGGAGGAGGAGGCGGCCCACCUGCGCGCCCGGCAGCCCCGCGCCGCCGCCCCGCCCGCGGGCCGGGAUCUCGGCCGGCUGGCCGAGCAGCUCCGCGCCCUGGCCGACAGCCUCUCGCCGCCCGCCGCCGCCGCGCCCUGCCGCUGGCCUCGUCCCGAAGAAGCCGAGGACGAUGCCUCUGUCUGCCUUGGGAACUCUCUGCUGCAUCACCCUGCCCAGUUCCUUCGGUUUCCUUUCGAACAGAAAAUAGGGUACAACAUUCCAAGUGUGCUCUCACAGGUGUCGAAUGUUCAGAGGUGCUGACACCCCUUGGUCCGCUGGUUGUAUCUGUCCUAAUGCAGGCCGCUGCGUGUAACCACAUGUCAGCCUGCUGGUCACUUCUGACAGCUGCAGCUGAUCCAGUUGGAGGCCAUGGCAAACCUUCGUUCCGUACACUUGGGGCUCGUAUAUGAGAAACUUAGUCUGGGCUGCGAUAAAUCCGGCAUCAGGACGGCUCAGUCCAGCAGCGCAAAGGGAUCCACAUCUUGCACUUAAAAACACUUACUGACUACUUAGCUGUAUAUUGUCAGGGCCUUUAUGUACGUGACCCACUCCUCAGAAAGGAAGGAUUUUUGCUUAAAAAAAAAAAAAAAAAAGGAAAAAAAAUACAAUAAACGCCGCUCCCCCACGUGACUGCCUCUGCCUGCGUGCUUCGCUUCC